AUGGCGCUGGUUGACCCCUCCAAUCCUGGUGGUGGGAUACUUGUUGAUGCCAGCGCCGUUGGAAGACCCAUAGGUGACACUUCUUCUUCUGCUGUAUUUGUCAAUGAGUUGCCGAAGAAUUUCCAGGGUGGUGACGAGGCCUUGCACUUUGCUCUUGGGCAGCUGUUUGGACAGUAUGGAAAGAUCAAGAAGAUCGAGCUAUACAUGGAAGAGGGCAUCCUCGAGACGCAGAACUUCAAAGGGGAAGCGCUCGUGGUCUACCACACUAGCAAAUUUACUGGCACACAUGAUGCAGGAGAUCCCGUCUACGAGGCUUGCAGAGACAUGGAUGGAAAAGUCCGAGUGCUCGGGCAUCGGAACUGGAGGAUACGGUGCGAGGCAGCAGUUUGGCAGAAGGAGGGUUUCAACGUCAAGGAUCGUGCAAAGAAAUUUCCUUGCGUUGAAAUUGGAAACCUUUGGGAGUACACUUCCUCGACGCCUAUGUCUUGGUUCAUGGAUAUACAGGAGGUGAUUCGCAAGCACGUCGGCGAACACAUCAAAGAGCCGUUCGUGAAGGUGGAGCCCUCUGAAGGCCAAGCCACAAUCUGGUGUAAAGGUGCGCAGGAUGCUAUGAAGCUGGCAUCCGUCAUGCAGAAGAGCUACUUUAUGGGGCGGAAGGUGGUGGCCUCGCUGUGCAGAAAAGCCAAGCCCGUCUCGGAGCUUCUCCCAAAGGUUCCACAGCAUCUCUCGUUCAAGACUCCUUCGAAUGCGAAAGCUUUGAACGAGGUGGCUAUUGCACCUGGAAAGCUGGCACCAGAAGUAGCUGCAGCGAUAAGGAAGCAGGCAGACGAGCUGGCCAAAGCAGCCAGCCUCAAGGAAGACUCGGGCGAGACCUCCGAGGGCCCUGCGGCCAUGGAGGCUCCAGUCGCCGGUCCGUCAUUCCUUUUGAGGGAGGGAUGUGCUGUCGUCCUGAAAGGCUUGGUGUCCAAGCCAGAGAACAAUGGCAAAAGAGCCACCAUUGUUCGCUAUGUCGAUGAUCAACAAAAGUACCAGGUGAGCCUGGAGGGCCGCUUCGUGAAGCUGAAACCAGAGAAUGUGGAGGUUGUGGAGGACGUCGCACCAAAAAGAAUACCGAAAGCGCUUGAGGAGGAGGAAGAUGAGGAUGGUGAUGAACAAGAGGUCGAAGCGAAUGCGCAGGCUGUGGCCAAUGAGAUGGCGGCUGUUGGGCUAAAGCCGGCAGAUGCUGCUACGUCUGCUACGCAAGAGGAUUUCACCGCGACAGUGUGCGUUGAUCCUUCCUUGCUGCCCAAAAAGGAGCAGGAGGAUGUGGAAAAGGAGAGGGGCCGCAGCAGAUCACGCGAGCGAUGGCGUCAAGAGAAAGGGGAUGCCAUUGCAGCUCGAGUCGCAGCCAGCAAAGCCGAGGGCAAGCGAUGUGGAUGGGUCGUCUCCGGCCCGCCACCAGAGGUGUCGACCAAGGCCAGAGUUCAAGAGGAGCCCGAAGAGUCCAGGGAAGACUUAAUGAAGAAGUCUGUAUCCGAUUUAAAGAAGCUCCUGGUGAAGUUUGGAAGAACAGCCCGCGGGUGUAUUGAGAAGAAGGACUUUGUCGACCGCUUGAAGCCGCCGAGAUCAGUCGCGUGA